UGAAACGGCACGUAUCGAGGAACUGGAAAAACACACGGAGAGACACGCGUAAUGUGGAAGUUGAGUUGAAGAAAACCUCAUCUUAUUCUCCUCCACUCAUCUUCAUCUUCUUCUCCUUCUUGGCUUUCUGCAUAUCAUAUUCUUGCUUUACUGCUUUCUUUUCUUCUAAAUUACGGAUAUGGCAUAUGCUCCACAUUUAUAUGCAAUUUCUUUUUCUUCUUCUUUGCUACGCCGUGGAGUUGUAGUACCACCUGCUUCUACACAUUUUCACACAGGAGGAACACUCAUUCCCCAAUGUUUAAAUGGAAACGCGACUUUUACUUUUACCGGAAACACCUUCUCCGCCAAACACACCCUCUCUAUCCCUAGAUGUACUACUACUACUUCUUCUUCUUCUUCAAACUCCAAUGCCACUACCGAUGACCCCUCUCCUCCCACAAAGAAGGCACCGUUUGGAUAUUCAAGGAAAGAUGUCCUAUUAAUUGGACUUGGAGUUACUUUGUUUGGCAUUGGCUUAAAAAGUGGACUAGAGUUUGCUGGAGUAGAUCCACUACAAGCUGGAAAUGUGGUUCAACUUGUGCUGGUUUUGGGCCUCACAGUUGGAUGGAUCUCAACAUAUAUCUUCAGAGUUUCAAACAAGGAAAUGACAUAUGCACAACAGCUACGUGACUAUGAAAGCAAAGUGAUGGAGAAACGGUUAGAGUCCCUAACAGAAGCAGAGCUACAAGCACUGCUUCAAGAAGUUGAGGAAGACAAGAGUCGUUAGCUAGUGAUGAAGAGUGCACCUCAUGCCAUGAUGGAGCAUGUUGAAGGUAACGUUGGAAGUUAGCUUUGUGCCAUUAUCCUCAAAUUCCGAACAUUUAACCAGGUUAUUGUUACUCGGUUCCCUGCUCCUAGAAUCUUAGCAAUAUGUAUAUGCAGUACUGCCCUUAAUUUGAAGCGAUUGUUUACAAAACGAACAAACAGAAGUUAAUUCCAUGGUAUGGAAUUCAUAAAUGAGGAAAAUGUCUUCUGAAGUGAACGUGUAAAUAAAGCUCUGUGACAUUUGCAAUGAAUGGCAGUAUUGAUAAUUGUCAUACCCAGUGGUGACACAUCUUAUGUGUGCAGAUGUAAAGCAUAUCAUUUGGCGUUUCUUAAUAAUUGCGCUAUGAGAAAAUGAAGUUUGCCAUAUACUUAUUGAUAUUAAAAUGGCGAAAAGUAUUAUUGGUUAUAUAUUAUUAUUACCAGAACCAUUCACGUGCAGAUGUAGUCUCUCCUUUGUAUACAGGACAGGACAGAAUCAUUUCACGUACACAUGCAGGUUUGAGGAACAUUUGGUCUCAUCCUGAAACCAAAAACAAAAUCAAGCUAAGAGGGGACCUUCCAGAACAAAUUCAGCUAAUUUCUAGUCCUUAACAAGGCACACAACACGCAUGCGAUAUUGGAAGACAUUAAAAUUGACCCUUAACCACUGUUGUUUACUUCUUAAAUUUGCAAUUGUUACUGAUGAAGCAUAAUCUUUUUA